AUGACUCACGUGGCUUUUCUCUACGACAUCAUCGACGCCCUCGCCGCCGGCGCCGACGUCGUCAGCUUCGCGCUGUCGCGCAAGUGGAAGCUGGAGGGCAAGGGCGUGACACUGGGUCUCUCGCGGACAGAGCAUGGAUUCAAGGCGGACAAGGAGAUGAUGAUGAUGAUGACGGCGGCGGAUUCGAUGCGCCCGCAUGCCUCGCAUACCCUGCUCAAGCCGGGUGUCGGUGCCAAGACGGUUGAGGUGCCCAUGUCUGGCGGACUCCUCACUCUCGGUGCUUACUACAUCAACGUCACCAUCGGCAGCCAGCCGUUCCUCGCCCUCGUCGACACCGGCUCGUCCAACAUCUGGGUGACCGGCUACAAGCCUGACGCCAAGUACGCUCCGGUGGCCUGCAACUCACCGGUCUGCCAAAAGUGCAACACGGACGGCUCGGGCUCUUGCCUCUUUGGCCCGCCCAUGUGCGAGAACGAGGUCUGCCAGUUUGGCAUCACCUACGGCGGCGGCGGCUCGCUGGCGGCCGGCCCGCUCGCCACCGAUACCAUUUGCGUUGGCGGCCUCUGCACCGACUCGGCGCCGUUUGGCCGCGUGGAGACGAACCUUCCGCCGGGUCCGGGUGCGUUAUCGGCCAUUGUCGGCCUGGCCUUUGAGCGCAACGCGUGCAACCCGUCGUGCGUCCCGACGCUCUUCGACUCGCUUGUGGCCGACAACGCUGGGGUCGAGCCAUUUUUUGGCAUGUGCCUCACCCAGGACCGCGGCGGCGUCAUUGACGUCGGAUUUGUCAACACCUCGCGUGUCUCGGCGCCGUUUGUCGACAUCUACGUCACCCACGAGCACUGGUACAACAUCGAGGUUGUUGACUUUGUCAUCGAUGGCCACGGCCUCGGGCUGCCCGAGCUUGUGUACAAGGUCACUAACGACGUCAUUGGCUCGUUCGUCGACUCGGGCACGUCACUCCUCCUCCUUGGCUCCCUGCCGUUUGCCGCGCUCGCAGAGCGCAUGACGACCCAGUACGCCUCGCUCCCGGGCAUGUCAGGCUCGUCCAACUUUUUCACCGGCGCCUGCUUCCCGACCUCGCUCGUCGACCCGCAGCUCGCCAACUACCCGGCGAUCUCGGUUGCCAUCAAGACGAACGACCCGAAGGAGCGGACCAAGGUUGUGACCCUUGCCAUUCCGGCCUCGUCGUACCUCCUCAAGGCCGGAUCGCAGCGUUGCCUCGGCAUCGCCUCUGUCUCGGGCAUCGGCGCCAUCCUCGGCGACGUCUUCCUCGAGAACUACUACACCGUCUACUACCCGCAGGCCGGCAAGAUCUCCAUCGCCGAGGUCUUUGAGUCCAACUGCGUCCCGUCAUAG